AUGUCGCCAUUUUUCUUGUUGAAUUCGUUUACGCCAGAAGUUCAAUACUCUAUCUAUGUGCAUGUAUAUGCCUUUAAGCAUUUGCGCUUUCCUUUAAAACCCUUAUCUCUCUCUCUCUCUCUAUCUAUCUAUCUAUCUAUCUAUAAUUCUCUCUCUUUUUCCUUCUCUUCCUUCUCUCCCUCCCUCUCUCUCUCUCUCUCUCUCUCUCUCUCUCCUACUCUCCCUAUCUCUUUCAUCAAUCCAUCACAUCUGAUUUCAAUAAGCUCUUUCUUCCGUUCUUUUGCUUUGUCCUUUUUCUUUCUUCUUUCUAACCUUCUUUGUUCUUUCUAUUCAUUUUUCUCCUUCUUUAUUUAUACUCCCACCAAUUCUUCUUUACACCUUCCUCUUUUACUAGUUUAUUUUUGCUUCCUAGCUCUUUUUUCUUUCACCACGUUUCAUCCUGUUUCUUUUUCUUUGGGUGCCUACCGUAACGACAUGGGUUGCAAGCUUGUCUCACAAAACGAAAGAUCGUUACCGCAACGAGUUCAAUUCUCAAGGGUCACCGGCUAUCAUGAACCUAUACAACACUAA